UAUAUUACAAUAUUAUUGCAUGUCCUCAACCUUGUGUCAGAGGUUUGUGUUGAGACUUUUUGUUACUUUUGUAAAUAUUUCGUUCUAGCCCAUAUAAUUGAGCCAAGAGCAGAUAGGCAGAAGACUUCCAUAGCAACUUCUCUUCCAGCGUUUUUUGACUUCUUUCAGCCAACAUGUCUGCAGAUAAACCCAAGGUGUAUCAGGGUGUGAGAGUGAAGGCAACGGUCAAAGAGCUUCUGCAGAAGCGGAGAGCGCUUGAGGCGGCAAUAAAAACCACAAAGGUAUCUCAAAGUCCGGCGACUCAAGACUUUCAUUCCCCAUCAUUUCCUGCCUAUCACUUUGACGUUUGCCCUGGGAACUCCAUGCCAGACAGCAACAGUUUCCAGCCGCAGCAAUACACAGACAACAUUUGUAAUAUCCCUUUAGAGACCAGUCCGUUCGACAAUCAGCAGUUCAUUAAUAUGAUGCUUCCGCCAGAGAAUUUCAGCAACAGCUCACUUCCCGCGGCGUCUUCCGCGCAGUAUUGGACUCACGGACAUUUCCCGUCGAACUCUGACUACUACAACCAAGGAAUGGCUUCCAGCUCUCCCUCAGAUUCCAUGAACCUCACCAGUCCAAUAGAUUACAACAGCUAUUCCCCUCCUCAAAGCUACUCCUCUUCCUCCUCGUGCUACAGCUCUCCCACGCGAAUGGACUCCAGUUACAGUUUGGUCCCCGAGUGCUAUCAUUACCAGCACUGCAGCCCACAGCACUGCUACUGUGUGUCACAUUGGCUAGGUCCCCAGGAAGACUUCACAAAUCUCGAAUACACAAAUUAUGGGACACCAGACUCUGCCUUCACGUCAGCAGUAGAAGAGAGCUACUUCAGAAGGGACAGGCCAUUGUCCAGCUCUGAGAUGUGUUACCUUUAAGACAUUUUUACCUGUCACAUUCCAUAUUUUUGUUGUGUCUAUAAACCAAUCUGUUCGAGGA